CAGCAAAUCAACACUAGCUGUUCCAGGUUUAUAGGAAGUGGAGAGUCAGCCGUGACAUGGAGGCAGACGCACUGCCAGCAAGGUGAACUGAGCCACUGUUUUCACUGACACAAACAAUCAAGUACAGGACUUAACGGCCAUGGCUACCAUCUUUGCCACACUGGCUUGUUACCUUCUGGCCCUCUCUUUUGUUGCGGCACAAACAAAUUUGACUGUCACACCUACAAUAACAACCCCUGGCUUAAACCUGACACACACAACGGUAACUUCAUCUAACUCUACUGUUCAUGUAACUGUUAUCUCAAACGUGACUGAGAACACGACUCCUUUAACCAACACGACCCGGGACAAUGGAACAUUCACCACGACUACAACAGCUGCGACUGCGAGCACAAGCCAUCUCCAGACAUCUCAGCCAACAACCAUCAUGACUCCACUAACAAACAGUACAUCACAGAUGACCACAACAGCUGGCAAUCCAACAUCUACUGCAUUGACAGUGCCAACAAUACAGACCACAGCAGGUUACAUAAGCACACCUGAUACUACAGUCAUUACGACUGCAAAUUCAUCACACACUGUCAACACCACCUCAGAUUCAAUGUACAGAACCACAGAGGGUUUGGGACUAAACAUGUCAGACAAGAACAUGACUAUUCUCUUUAGUGUUGUACUUGGAGUGUUUGCUCUGGCACUGGUUGGGUUCAUGUUUCACAGAUGCAAACAUAAAAUCCAGUACUUCCAUCAACCUCUUCACAACACUGAUGACACGGCAGAUACGUUUGAGGCAGACGACGACACACUCGUAAUUUCUGGAGGACUUUAUGACGGCCAUCCAAUAUACGACAACAUGCCGCCAGACCCACCAGACCAAUCUCAAUUCCGCCUCGAGUUCCUUCAUUAAGAAGAGAGUUCCUACAGUCUGAGAUGUCACCUUUGGUGCUUGACAGGAUGGACUAAAUCAAUUUUCCUUAUCCACUCAUUCAUACAAUUCCAAGACUGAAAUUUCACCCCUGUGAAAUUUAACUUCUUGAUGUGAGGCUGAUGGCAAGGAGGAAGGGAGUAUUAUGAUGGGCAGAACAUUCAAACGAGGACAAUGCUGAUCCAUUUAAACAUUACGUUUACUUACAUCGCUGUUGAUACCAGGAUACAUAAAUAUAUUAAAUAUAUUAAGACUGGAAUACAGAACUACACAGUUUCCCCACACCAACAACAUACACUUGUGCAGAAUGAAUGAGAUUUCAUGUGAACACCACUAAAGAUGAAUUAUUCAACACAACUGUGCUACAACAAACUGAAUACUUUCAAAGCACCUGAAAGCAUAAAGCGUGACUCUACAGUAACUUAAAACCUUGAACAUCCAAACCCAAGACCAACUUGCUAAAAUGUAGGAACAUGAACACCUAAAUCAAUCUGUUGUUAAAAAUACUGAUACUCUGAUGCGUAACGAUUUUUUCUUUGCAUUUUAAGAAAAAAAAAAGGCCUGUUAUUACUGUAAAUACUGUCGAAUUUAUCUCUAACAUUGCUAUAUAUGUCUGUGAAGAAGUAAGAAUUUGAACAGCUAAAUCAAUCUGUUGUCAACAAUACUGUCGAACUGAUCCACAUCAAUUGUUUUUAUGCAUGUGAAGAAAAAAUGGCCUGUUAUUACUGUAAAUACUGUCUGACUGAUCCCUAACAGUGCUACAUGUCUGUGAACAAAGAAUAUGAACACCUAAAUCAUUCUGUUGUCAACAAUACUGUUUAACUGAUUCAUAACGAUUCCUUCUUUGCAUGUCAAGAAAUAAAAUUAGCCUG